AUGGCCAAUCCAACUCACACCCCAGCGAGGGCCAAUUCUACCAUCGAGUCUCAGGCACAAGCAAAAGAUCAAGACGCAGCAGCUCCCUUCAGGAAAGACCUCACCUCCUAUUUCGACAUCUCCGGCUCGUCUCAUAGCAACUCCACCGCCGACAUCCGUUUUGGGACGCAGCUUCGACGACAUUCGCCCACCACUGCGACACGGCGUCCGUAUUUCAGGUUCUAUUCAGACUUUGAUGCUCUGCACAAGUCGCUACACAACCACACCGCCAAAAGAGACCCGCCCACCGUCGACGCGUGGGCACGCUUCUUCUCCCUUUUCCUCACGAUGUUCGUCUGCACCGUCCGCGGAGACUUCGCGUCCCUGGGGUCCACGCCCGUCAAAAGAGAAGCAUUCAUAUCGCCGACAUCGCCCAAAGCUGAGGCGUUUUCGGGCGACGUCUCCUUCUUGGGACAGGCGCAGACGAGUGUUGGCGAUAUCAUUGUUGUCCGAACAGACCAAACCCCUUUAACGCCGCCAUCAAGGAGUUUUCCCGCUACCGAGAUACCCACGCCGAGUUCUAUAAAGGUGGAGACAGAGUUCACGGAGCGCCGCAGCUCAAGUCACAGUCCACAACGGAAAACGCCCUCUCACUCUUCUGAACAGCAAAGUCAGACUUCGUCUCGGAGGAGUUCUAUGACCCCCAAGGUAGUUCUAGCGACCCCGCUCAAAUACAUCCGCCAGGCGAGUCCACUCAAACAUUCAAGGACCACAGCGGAAACUAAAGCCCCUCAGUCUACUCCGGUAGGUCUGGAUCGACGGAUGGCAGACCACACCAGCCAGAUCAAGAGAAAUUAUACGUUGGAAGCACUCGAACUUGUGACGGGGAUCUUGCAGGAGUUAAAGCUCGCACCAUCGAACUCGCUGUGGCCGCCUCAGGUAAUAAACCCCCUGAGACGGAGAACAUUCUCGAAUAAGUCGCCCUCGCAUCAAAGGAAAAAGGAACCACGAACCACGCAGGGAAUUAUAUCGGAGAUCGACGACAAUCACAAAGGCAGUGGUGAAUUGCUCUCUGGGCUUCAAUCAUAUACCUCUAGCCAGAUAAAUUUGCGUAUGGGUAACAUGCCUAUGAACACCCCAGAUGAGACGGCCACAUACAAGAUUAAAAGGAGCCCCAGUGCAGAAACCGAGGAAUACUUCAGGGUCGAUAUCAGCAUUAGAGGAGGUACGAGCUAUCUCCCAAGUGAAGCUCGUCGAAUACACACGCCACCACUUCCAGAGGCAGGAUUAGAUGGCCGACUGAAGGGGUUUUUCUUCGACUACAAUGCGCCGGGGCGGUCUGUGUGUCUACGAGGGACAGACACCCCCGAAGGUGCAGUAGACAGCGGAAGCACCAGUCAGGACACCAGUGGAACCUCGGGUCACAGUCGAACCACACCGGCCGGUAAGAAGCCAGGGAGGAUCAAGAGCAAGAACAAGCGGAUCCUGGCCGGGGAUUGGUACGACGUGAAGCUGGCAGAAGUUGACAUGAACAUCCAGGCCGACAAAGGCGAGAUGAACCAGGCUAAACAAGGCGCAAGGAGAGUCAACUCGCCUCAGUGCCUUUACAAGAUCCGCAAGAACCAGCGCGACGCCGCCGAGUUCGACCUGACCAUCCCCGAGCAUCUGCCCAGCAGUCCGCUGUGUCCGCGGCACACCAAGUAUUGGCGCAUGGUCAGGGAGCGUGGCAGCCAAUUCAGGGGCUGUUUCAUGCACGGUCUGGGUGUUUUUCAAGCAGAGCCUCCACAAAGCAAUUAG